AUGGCAAUCAUGAACAUCAACUCCAUGAUGGUCUUGGCUGUUUUUGCCAUGACUGGAAUACUCAUUUCCAGUGACCAUGUAGCCCGUGGCCAAGGAUGCCAAGGUGACUUACAAGGGCUAAUAACUCAAUGUGCAAGGUUUGUUCAAAGGGCUGGGCCACAACAGGACCCAUCUCAAGAAUGUUGCAGCGUGAUCAAGUCUGUUGAUAUCCCAUGUGUGUGUAAAUACAUCACUGGGGAGAUUGAAGCUGUCGUUGACAUGGGAAAAGUUGUUCAUGUUGCUGCCUCUUGCGGCAAACCACUUGACCAUGGCAUGAAAUGUGGAAGUAAGUAG